UUGGGGUCUGAGUCUAAUAUUUGCAGUGCUGAAAAUGUCGCAGUUGUUGGAAAAGGCCAAAAACUAUGUUGCGGAGAAAGUCACCAACAUGCCCAAGCCAGAGGCGAGUGUCACCGACGUGGACUUCAAGCGCGUGAGCCGCGACAGCGUCGAGUACUUGGCCAAGGUCUCCGUUCAGAACCCUUAUUCCACUUCCAUUCCCAUUUGUGAGAUCAAGUACUCCCUCAAAAGUGCUGGCAGGGAGAUAGCAGCAGGAACAAUACCUGACCCAGGGUCAUUGAAGGCAAGUGACACAACAAUGUUGGAUGUGCCAGUGAAGGUGCCUCAUAGCAUAUUACUGAGCUUGGCAAAGGACAUUGGUGCAGAUUGGGACAUUGAUUACCAAUUGGAUAUUGGACUUGUUAUUGACCUUCCUGUCAUUGGCAACUUCACCAUUCCUCUUUCUCAGAAGGGAGAGAUCAAGCUCCCUACCCUCACUGACAUGUUUGCCUAAUUCCAACUAAAGGCUUAGAACAAAGAAAAUAAAUCAAUAAAUACAUCCUCCAUCAUAUUUUCCUGUUGUAUCAAUUUUGGAUUUUAGUUUUGGUUUUCUCACUUCA